CGCUUUCGGGGAACGAUUCUGAACUCUUUUCCAACAACAAAACACCCAUUCAUCCUUCUUGCUCCUCGUUCUUUYUGUAUUCACCCGACCCAACAUUGCCCGAAACGAAACGAACUUGUUGCCAUGGCACCCAAGACGRACACUCCUGUUCCGACCCUCCUCGCCCUGCUCGUUGCCUGCACKGUGGUUKYGCUCGCAGSGGUGCGAACCGCGGACGCCUUUGCGGCCACCGCUCCUGCGCUCCGGACCGCGGUUUCUUCCCGGUCCRCCCUGYCCGCCCGGCCGCGGUCCAAGUGGGACGACCUGGUCRACGAGGACGACGAAAAAGGCAGCGGCUACGAAGGGGGGACCUUCGAGAGCGGKAUCCCCGUCCCGCCCGACAUGACCUACGUMGAGCGGAACGUCAAGCGGUGCCACGAAAACUUUCUGAACCUGCGGAAGGUCGGCGGCAAGGACCUCUGCCACGACGUCUACGCCAAGUCCCCGCUCAAGAAGGAAGAGGUCUGGUACGUCGGAAAGGUCGCCAAGAUCACCGACGUGAGCCUGGAGGACUGCAUCGCCCGCCAGUGGAACAUCAUCGAGACGCACGCGGCGAACCUGCGCCCGAUCGAGCUCUACCCGCAGCGGGGGAACCUGGAGAUCUGGACGGCCCCCGGGGACACCGAGCUGGACGUGGCGUACAACCGGCCCGAGCUGGUCAUGGCCAGGAUGGAAAAGUACGAGGUUCUCGCGAAGGACCUGAGAAACAACCUGAUCGGCUUCCAGGGCGAGGUCUACCAGGAGGGCGAGGAGGGCUUCCGGACGUGGCGGAAGGAGGACGGCUCCCCGGCGCGCCCGGAGAUCAACCCCGGCGGAGAAACCAGACCACCAACGGAGGAAGAGAUGGAGCAGCUCAAAGCCGAGGCGCAGCGCCAGAACAUCAGCUUCCAGGACGUCUACAAGGAGUCCCAAAAGCGAAUGGAUUGAUUGUGCGUGGGUUUGGAUUUGGUGGUCGAACAUACCAUCAAAAAUGCCAGUCACAAAACGCACCGUAAAGCAUUCGCUUCGGUGGAUCCCGUUUUUUAGCACGAGAGGAGAAACCAGUUACACAUAACCUCAUCYAUUUGACGCYGCAAAGGUUCAUUAUUUGCAAGCGAAUUAMACGCUCAC